ACACCAGCUCCUCCACGAGGCAGGAAGCCUUACAAUCAGGCUCUUAAAGCACGCUUAGCCCGUUGCCAGCAGCUCUUGAGUGGCCAAGCAUCAUCGUCAAUUGCUUCCCCGAAUACUGUUACCACGCCAAAGACGUCGCAGUCUCAAAGUCCGGCGGACCCUUCCCCGGUCUCCAAAUGGACUCCGGAAGGAAAGUUGGUAGAAGAUCCAAAUGGCAAGCUCGCUUUUAUGGACAACUACCUCCUGGGGUUGGUUAAUGAAGAGCUCCGAGCCAUGGAUGAACUCAUAAGCCUAGACGAGGAUGAACGCAGCAGCCCACUUGACAGCAGGCCUUCCGAUCCAAACGCAGAUCUUAUUCUAGGGGAGGACGCCCCUGGUUCCUCAGUCUUCGAUGCAUGGCCCGAUGCCGCACUCGUCUUCAAGCUGUGGCAGAUUUUCUUUGACCGAGCUAAUCCUUUCACAAAGGUUAUUCAUAUUCACAGCUUUCAACCCUAUGUCGUGGAAGCUACGAAUGGUACUCAAGGUCUGCCAGAAAACAUCAUGGCGCUGCUGCUGUCCAUCUUUCUGAUGGCAGUGGUUGCCAUGUCGGAAGAGGAAUGCUUAGUCGCGCUGAAGCAGUCCAAAGAAGCUGCUGUGGCGUCAUUCUCUGCUGGCAUCCGUCAAACAAUGAGGCGCCUUGACUUCAUGCGGACUAACGACCUAAUCAUUCUACAGUCACUCUGCCUGUACUUGUACUCAUUGCAGGACCGAUACGACCGCCACAGCUCAUGGGUCUUCAGCGGCACUGUUAUACGGAUUGCACAAAAGAUGGGUCUUCACCGAGACGGAGACGUGCUUGGCCUCAAACCCUUUGAAUCAGAGAUGAGGCGCAGGGUAUGGUGGCAGCUGGUAUUACUCGACGCAAAGUUUGCCUUAUUCUCCGGCUUUGGUCACUCGCUGCUCCCUCGGGACUGGGAUGCAAGAGAGGCGAGCAACUUGAACGACGCGGACAUCUUUCCGGCCGCGACGCAACCAACACCGGACCGCGACGGACCCUCGGAGAUGGUUUUGUGUUUGGUUCGGCACAAGAUCACCAAGUUCCUUGUUGAUACGCCCGGUCUUGAACCCGUCAAGAUGAUGGGUGAGCUGAACGAGUCCGCUGGUGCUCCUCCAGUAGCAGGGGGUACAAGAGAACAGCAGAUGAGCUACUACCUUACUCAUUUCGAGCUGUUGGAACAGAAUCUCCAGCACAUCUUGGACAACCGAUGCAACCCCCACGCGGGGCAAAUCCACGUCAUGGCCCAGGGGCUGAUCGCAGCUCUUCUCACACAGAAACGGCACUUGAUCAAGAGCAUUAGCGAUAGACCUAGACCUGACGCCGUGAUUCAGAGCGGAGAGGACAAUGCUUUCAUGUGGGCUGUUUCAAUGCUUGAGCAUACGGCGUUCCUCUGGUUCGCCGAUUUCAACUUCCAGUACGAUAUACUAUACGUCGUGGUGUUGUUAGGGCAAAGACUCGAAGGGCCUAUUGCACAGCGUGCCUGGGAAAAGAUUGAAAUCUUUUACCGGUUUCGACCCGGGCUCUUCAAUGUUGCCGACAAGUCCUGCGCGACUCUGGCGCAUUUCGUACUCCGGGCGUGGUCAAAGAGAUUAGAUCUGCUCACCAAAUCUGGCUUCCCCGGAGAGUCUCCAGAAUAUAUCGUCAAGCUACGGGCACGUGUGGACAACGUUGUACGGAAUGGAUACAAUCCACUAGGCUCGCUGAAUCCCCAAGAAACAAUACCAGUUAACACGCAGAUGUAG